AUGAUAAGCCGAGGAGGAGGGCUGGUCACAACAAUUAAUCUGGACCAGAUUAAUUUUGAAUCCAUACUAUUUUGUGUGUCUAGGUUAAAUACUGUGAUCAGUGUAGCGGUCCUUAAUUUAGAAGGGUACAAGUGGGCUCCGUGCGCGCUUUGCGCGCCGAGCCAAAUCCCUUCUUUCUCCGCUCCUCGCCCCGCACCUCCCGCUCCGCCGUCCCUUCGUCUCUGGUCCACCAUCGUUGCCGGCGUUCCCCGCCCCGCUGCUCCCCCGUCCUCUUCGCUACUGCUCUCGUCCUCUCUCCGGUCUUCGUCGCCCCUUUCCCCCUCGUCCUGCCACGCGUACCGCCCCUCCGUGCUCACUCUGGCUGCAGGUCGCGCCAGGUCGCAGCCAGCGCAGCAGAGCCGAAUUUCUAAGCUAAUGGAAUAAACAGGGCCAGCUAUCUUGCCCUUGCACUGGCGUGGUACGCUUCUUGUCAGACCUACCCAACUCUACUGCCUUAUGAACAACGAUUCGUGUGAAAGGGAGCUGAUGAAAGAGCAGAAGCGGACAGAUGUUGGAGGCCUUUUUUUACGACAAGCCUCGUCAACGUUCUGAAGAUCAGCCAGGUGAAAGUUCUGAACGGAUCGCUCCUUUUAUAAGUUCCUCCUUCUGAGAUAUGGUGUAUCCGUUCCCCCAUUUCCAUACAAACCGCGUUCUUGGUCUAGAGAACAAGGUGAGCACUAUUUCGUUAACUUAAAGCUUCCGCCCACUCGUCCGCUCGUCUUUCCCGUGUAAGAGGGGCAUUUGAGCGGAGGUAACAUAUUGGUUGAGAUUUUACCCGAACGGGCAAGAUCUAGUGCUUGGCCCGACUUUGGCGGCAAGGUGAGAAUUUUACGUAAUGAUAGCAGAAAUCUUAUCGCUUUUCUCGCCGGCAACGAAAGUGUAGAGAUUUGACACAUUUACUGGAGCCAAAAAGCGAUUAACAAGGAAAUACAUUAUGGCCACAGAAGCUGAUGCAUCGCAAAAUUGUCUCGAAUGCUUCUGAUUCUAUGGCCGGUUUUACGAAAAGCUUGACAACAAGCAAACUAUCGCUACUGCUGGUCAAAACAAACGCAUGCCAUCGUCUUUGUUCCGGUAUGGUGGGUCGCCACCAAUGGAUUUAAUCUCCCGUCGAUCUCCAGCCUUUCUGUUUUCGAAAGAUAUUGACCAGAAUCACGAACGAAUCAUUUUAGUGGCAGGAGUAGUGAAGGGGCCGUCAAUGCCGCUUACUCGAGCUCCUGCCCAGGAGAAUGCUUCAGUGCAUGUUGCCGCGGCGCACAAUGACGGAUACAAAACAGAAGGGAAGAUAUGGUACGUGAGAAUGAUGUCGCAGGCUUCGAUACACGCUAUGCAUACGAAGAAUGGGUGCGUCUUCUUAACAAACCACUGGUUUCUUCGUUGUGGCACAACGACGCCAUGUUCAUGAAAGUUGAAGCGCACAGCGAGAGGAGCGGAUGGGAACUGAAGGUCGAGGUUUCCAGGCUUUACGAGUGUAACGCGGACGAGUCCUAGUUUCAUGGCAUCAUCGCGGUGCUCCGCGAAAGUGACACCAGCUCUGGCAGCAGCGAUGAAUUGCACGUAGCGUUCAAUGAUUUUCAACAAACUCGUCUGAGGAAGAAUCCGCGUGAAAGCUCUGGGCCCACUGAAAGUAGUCGCAACGUUUUGAAACCCGACAAAAUGAAAACGGGGCUGGGCUCUCGUGUCAAUGACGCGACAUCUGAUCGUAGUGGCACCAAAACUGCAAACAUGGCAGCAUGUAUUCAGAACAGACAUAAGCGUCCGAAACCCCAGGACAGCGCAUUUUUUGAACAUGAUGCAGCACUGCUGCACCAACCAGAACGGAUCCGCCGUUUAAUGGGUGCCUCAGAUGACAUCAUCACGACGGACAGGCAUUCGCCAGUGUUGCGGAGCUGGAAUGGUGACAUGGAAGUAGCCGUGAAGUACUGGAACUGCGCUUGCCCAGAAGGAUUAGAUAUGAUCGUGAACGAGGCUGAGUUGUUCGGGGAAAUCGCGGAGAGGUGUUCACACUUGUUAGGGACGGUGUUACCGCGUGUAGUGGCACUCUGGAAGGAACCGGUAACGGACACAGUGGUUGUGACAGAGCAUGUGGGAGAAUCAUUGACCAUGGAAUCAAACGAAAACGAGCUCAAUGAAGUGUUGAGGUGUGGGAAUGUCGUGCUUGACAGCAGAGAUAGUGAAUUGCUAACACAAGCGGCGCACGAAGCACUUAAAGAGCUUCACGAGACUGGAUUGCGACACAUGGACAUCGGCACGCGGAACAUGAGGGUGAGACGAGAGAUGGAUAAGAAGGGAGUAGUGACCUGGAGGGUGCGGUUUAUUGAACUUGGGCGGGCGUACUUUUCACAGGAUGACCGUGAUAAAGGACAGGAUGAGA